UCAAAUGUUGAAGCCGUUGCCGUUUGUUUUGCUUGUGAACAAAAUUAUUUUUAAUUCAUCUAUCUGUAUUGUGUUCACCUUGAGUUUGAACAGAAAAUGAGUGACCAACGAUGUUCGGACAGUGAUCAAUCGAAGCGUGAUAUUCCUUCGUUCAUUGAACCUCGACCACCGUUGAUAUUGAAUCCUUUCAUGAGACCUCGCCCUCAAAAAGGCACAAACUUAUUGGAGUUGUUUGAUGAGGACUCAGAGAGCGAAGAGCCUGAAUGGCUCCAGGUUUACUUAAGAUUGAAGCCGUGUAACGUGAGGAAUAACCUGUAUGAGGUGAAGUCUGAUCGAUGUCUUAUAACCUCGGUGGAUACGGCGCCCGUGGGCCAUGGACGGCGUACACAACACAAUGUCUCCAAAAUGUAUACCUUUUCCCAUAUAUUUGGGUCUGGGUCCAGUCAGAAAGAAAUAUUCGAACAUGUAGUGAAAGACAACUUGAAAAAGCUGCCGGAUGGUCACAACUUCACCCUGCUCACGUAUGGAGCAUCGGGCUCCGGCAAGACAUACACACUGAUGGGUACCGUGCAGGCUCCAGGGUUGGUGCCACGGUCACUGGAGUAUGUCUUCCGGGUAGUGGAUGCUGCUCAGCAACCAAUCUACAAGCCUUUCGAUGGAGGAGCUGAGAAACUUGAGUACUAUGACCAGGAGUUUGAACUGCAGUUUGUGAAGCGCCUGCGUCAAGUAUCCGCGCCGUUGCGUGACAAGUACCGGCGGAUGUCAGCUCAGCUGCGGAGUGACCUCACAACCAGCACCUUCGACCUCUCUAAUAGGACUAGAUAUUAUGUCUGGGUAUCAUUUGUGGAGAUCUAUAACGAGGCUAUAUACGACUUGUUGUCAAACAGCGAUCGAAGCAAGGCGACGUCAAAGUUGCGCAUCAGAGAGGAUUCUACGGGCAAUGUUUAUGUCAAGGGCGCGACGCAAGCGUUCGUCCGCACCGGCGAGGAGGCCUACGACGUGCUGGUGGCGGGGAAGCACAACCUGCAGGUGGCCGCCACCGGCGUCCACGCCAACUCCUCGCGCUCGCACUGCAUCUUCACCAUCACCAUGCUCACCGAGACUGAUGACGGCGUACGGUCGUCAUGCGUGCGACUGUGUGAUCUGGCCGGCUGUGAGCGCGCGCGACACACGCGGAACACGGGCGCCAGAAUGCAGGAAUCUCGGUCCAUCAAUUCGUCGCUCCACGUGUUAGAACGUUGCCUGCACAUGUUACGACGUAAGCAGAAGAAGGUGGAUGCCACCCUAGUGCCUUACAGGGAGUCGAAGUUAACCCGCCUGCUGGGCGCGGGGCUGUCGGGCGCGCGCGGCGAGGCCGUGAGCAUGGUGGUGACGCUCAACCCGGCGCCCGAGUACGCGCACGAGACCCGCCACGUGCUGCAGCUGGCCGCCGUCGCUAAAGACAUACAGGUGAACCAGACCAUAGCGGAAUCAACACUAGAAAGCACAGCCACAUUCAACUCGACUAUAGAUACCAAUGCAGAGAUCUUGAAGCUACGAUCAGACAACGAAAGGCUACACUUCGAGUUGAUACAAGCUCAAACCCGCAACAAGGAAUUGCUGGAAGCGAUGGAGGAGAAACAGCAGGAGGUAGCGAAGACGAUGUUCGAAAUCGUCGAGGAAGCGAAGGACAUGACCCGCCAGUACUACGAAUCUCAGAUGCAGUCCUUACGAGCUGAGAUGGAGGAAAUGCAAGAAGAAUAUGAGAGUAAACUCAAGGCGGCGGGCGACGCUAGGCGAAACUCCGGAGACGCUGAGACACCUCGAUCGCUGCACAAGAAAGUUACAGAACUGAUGACAGUAAUCGCCGUUUUAGAGGAAAAAUUGACUGCCGAGAAGUUGGCUCGAGCGAGAGCGGAGGAGGAGGUACAACAUCUCCGCGCCUGUAUAGAUGAACGAGACGAUAAGGCAGAAGAAGAAGAGCAAGACAAAGAAGAUGUUAUGUCAGUCACUGACACUGAUAGUGAAGAGGAGGAAGACCCCUAUAAUGAAAGCCUCGAACCCACCUUUAAGAAGGAAGACAUCAACCGGUCCAGAAUGCUGCAGCAAAGCUUAGUCAAUGACAGCACUGUCAACGAAGACGCAAACAGUGAUAAUAAUGACGUACCCAGUGACAAUGAUGACGUUGAAAGUGUCAAGAAUGAUACACUCAAAGAUGUAUCACAUGAUGACACAGUGAAAGACGUCACUUAUUGUUCCGAGGAAAGUAACAGUACUGAUACGAUAGGUGCAAGAGACAGUGCAAAUGUAAGCGAAUUCAACAAUUCUACUGUUGAAGUUGAAAGACAAUCUAAUGAUAAUAUACAAGCAAAGGUAAAUGCUUCAGCUGUCAGAGGCACUUAUGUUGUAAGAGAUGAUGAUAAUAAAAAACCGAGUCGAAAAUCUGUAUCAGAAGAGAUUUCUGAAGCUCUUACAUCGAUGAACCGAAUCCGGCAGUCUAUUGAAGAAAUGGAAGAAGACUUCGAAAAUAACUUGGAAAAGAGUUUAGAGCGAACUAUAAACAACAUGACUGAAAAGAUUACAGAUAAUAUCGUGAACAGAUUAUUUGGAAAAUCUACGAAAUCUACCCACGAAAGUGAUUUGUCGUUAGCACAGUUUGAGCAGCUAGAAAUUGCUUCUAAGAAGAGUGAUACCAAACCUGUUGCUUCCAGUGAGUUACCCAAUAUUCAAAUCUUGAAAGAAAACCGAAAAUUCUUCGACGACAAUGGUCUUAUUCCAAAAUUAAAUAAAGAUAAGACAUAUUUCGACAAUAUAGAUGCCAAUAUAAGCACAAACAAGAAACUUAAUGAAAUAAAACAUUAUAAUGACGACAGAUCGCCUUCAAUUGUUAAAGAAGAUGUUACCAACAAUUUCGAACCGAGCACUAUAAAGAAAUUACUAGGCGAAAGUUUUACAAGACAAGCAGAAAUUAAAACAUCUGCACCUGUAACUUUACCUAAAAAAAAUUUUUCGGUUGAUAUUUUCGAAUCUCCUCAAGUCGUAACUGAACAUAAGACUAAAGAAAUAACAGCAUCUGUUAAAAAACCUACUGUUCCAAUCCUAGAAAGCAAUCAAGAAGAAGUAACAAUCUCUACUAAAACAGAAAUCGUAAAAGAAACGACGCAACACAAAAGUAUAAAAGAGAGACUUAAUGUUUCUAAUAAAUCGAAAGAAAAUUUAGCUACGUCUGCCGCAAAUAAACAAGACUCACAGAAACCGAAUGAAAAUAUAUCUAUCUUUGAAAAGUGUAUUGAGAAGACAAACAUUUGUACAAAGAACACGAAUGAGAUAAUAGAACAUACGCGUCAAUCAAUUGAAAAUAUGAUUUUAAAAGACAAGUCUGGUAGGAAACAGACUAUUGACGUCAAAAUAAAACAAGAAAAACUUUCGGUAGAGCCAGAAAACGAUUCCUCUUUAGCAUUUAAAGGAAUAGAAACCAUGACCGAAUCACAAAAUAAUUCCAACAAUACUGUAGAAGACUUCGAAAACAUGUAUAAAGACAUAACUCCCAGGGCAACGGAGUUUGAACUACUCGUCUCAACCAAUACUUCUCAUUACAACACAACCACUGAAGCAGAAAAGGAGGUCGAAAAGCCUAAAUAUAACUUGCGACAUAUUAAAAUCAACACAUCUGUUGAAAAAAAGGAGAUUGUUAUCAAAAAAGAACCUACGGUUGACAAAGGAGAUAAAUCCGUUGACAAAAAAGAAAAUGGCGUCAAUAAAAAAGAUAUUUCAAUUGACAAGAAAAAUUCUACAAUUGAUAAACUAGAUAAAUCCACUGACAAAAAGGAUACUAAAAUUGAUAAAAGAGAAGAAGCUCCAGACAAAAAGGCGGCUAAUACCUCAGAUGAGGUGUUAUUAGAGAUUCAAGCGCGAUGCGAGAGUAAGGCAAAACCUAAACGAAAUCUUCGGUUGCGGCGACGCAAAAACGGAGACGACGAUCCAGUUGAAACCCAGAAAACAAUCCAAGACGGUGAUAAUAAAUUAAAAGACAUAGCAAACCUGCAAAAGGAAUUCUCCGACGUGACUAUGGACAUGCCAGCGCCAGCGAAAGAAAUGAAAGCUGAUAUUGAAUCGCCGGAAAAAAACGACGAAGCGGAAAAUCUACCACCCUUGCUGGGGAUACAAAGUUGUCCUUCCAAGAGUGUAACGCGAAGCCGCAGAAAGCUAUUCACACCUCGCGCGGAGCCUCUAGAAGAAUCCAUGGCACAGUCUGGCGACAGCAACGAGCGCAUUCGGGUACCACGGCCGUCCUACCACCGCACCAGAGCUCGCCGCAAGCUGUAAACUGACCCUAAUUAAUGCACUGUCACGAUCAUUAGAACCCUAUCACAUUAACGUAUUUGAUAUUUAGUGAGACUUUAGAUUUAGUUUGCUAAAUAAGUUAAUGCGACAAGGUUUUGAAGUGUACGUGCAUGGUCAUAGAAUGAACAAAGCUAACUGGAUUAUGCUAAAAUUAAACUGGACAGCAAACUUGAUAAAUAUAAUUAUGUUUAUAAUCGAUUAUAUUAUUUAGAUUAUGAUAUUGACAUUAAAGUUAUUCGAAUCUGA